GUUGCGGUCGGAAGUUUACAUACACUCAUCAUGAGCAUGAAUGUCGUGGCAAUAUUGGGAUUUUUCUGGGGCAGUAUGAUUGCACAACAUCAAUUUUUAAUUAUAAUAAAAAAGGAAGAAUUUGGUUCACAAGUUUUAAUUUAUUUGGGUUUUCUGUCGCUUGACUGUCGACAGUGACACUGAUGUUCCAGAAGCUUCCAGUUCAUGGCAGCCCUGUGCCUUGGUGGUUCCUGGGUUUUUCCUGACCAUCCGAACCAAUUUCCUCUCAGCUGAGGAUGACCGUUUGGGUCUUCGUCCAGACCUCGGCAAACUGGCUACACUUCCCAAUAACUUGUACUUACGUACAGGUGUACGAACUGAUGAUCUUGGAAUCUGCACUUGUUUAGAAAUGCCUCCAAGAGACAUUCCUGACUUGUGUAAAUCCACCAUCGUCUUUCAGAGAUCUGCACUGUGCUCCUUGGACUUUCCCAGAGUACCGUGUGUCGUUCAAUCCAACGACUCCUUUCAAGCACACCCUUUUUAUGUUGGCACAGAGAAGCUGCCAGCUGCAGUCAAUCAUGAUGAAUAACAGGACAUUUUGUAACUUUCGGCACCGCUGAGUUAAUAGUCAGUGUUUGUAUGUAUAUUUUUGACCCUGUUUGUAUAACUUUGGCCCUGUGUGGAUUACAGAAAACCCCAAAUGAAUUAAAACUUGUGAACCAAAUGAUAUCAUUUAUUUAUUAAAGAUGUAUGUUGUACGAUCGUUCUGCCCCAGAAAAAGCCCAAUAGUGCCACGACAUUCAUGUCCGUGAUGAGUGUACGCAAACUUCCGACCGCACCUGUAAAUAACUAAAGCGUAUAAAUAAGCACGCAGUAUACUAAUUUUAGUGAAAGGUCAUUUUGGUUAUAAGUCAUAUUGCUAUCUUGUGGGGGAAAAAAAGGAUUUGUCGAUUGUGUUUCAUGAUGAUGCUUUCUGUGACCCACAACUCUACCUUUCAGCAGGUAAGCAGAGCUUAAACUGUAUAUACUGCACAUGGGGAAAUUUCGCCUUUUCACAGCCCUCUGUUACUAAGCCAGUGAUUUAUUAUCCCAGGGCUCACAAUUAAUUAUGAAGAGUCUUACUACAUGAAAGUAAAUACGGUAAAUUUGUGUUUAUUUUUUUUUGUGGUUAUAUCUAUCCACGAUGGCUAUUUAUUUUUUUAAAAAUAAUUAUUUUAUUUUAUUAUUUUUAUUAUUGAAGUCAAUAAAAUAUUAUGGAGUGUUGUAUUUUGUGUGUGAGUUGUAAUGUCUGAGGUGUUUGUAAUGACUAUAAUCUUUGUAUAAAUAUUUUAUUUUUAUUUUUAUUUUUUUUGCCUGUUGGUGUGUAAUUUCCGGAUGCAAGUUUCCUCUCUUGAAACGUUAUUCAUAUCUAGUCUUGCAGGUAAUGUCUGCAAAAAGCUAACUCUAUUUCAAACGGUUCUCUCCACCUCCUGGCUACGUCACCGUUCCUUUUUUGCACGCGACCGUUGCGCUGAUGUCCAAUUGGUUCACUCGCCGAAGGAGGGGUGAUUGUGAGCCCGCCGAUCUGUGUAACGGACAGUCGCUUUGUCCAAUAGACACAAAGUGUAGCGAGUAUCAGCCAAUCGUAGGGUCGGAAGGCGGGAUUUAUGUGCAUACAAGGAAGAGGAAUAUAAAAUCACGUACUGUGUCAGGAUCAUCAGCUCCAGAAAACGUUUUGGGAAGUUGGGAAAACGUUCAGAAUGCACAGCCCACUGAAGUCUCAGUCUGCCUGACGUUAAAAGCGUUUUCUGUGCUUCCUGGAGGAAAGCGAGGCAGAUGUUCCUCCACAGGGCUUGUUUACGUGUUCAGCGUGUCCUCUCUCACGCUCGCUCCCUCUGAGACGCAGCCAUGGCCGUGUGUCCCGUCGCGUACAGGUUCACGUGGAGGACCAAGUACCUGCUGUUGCUGGUGUUCGGCGUGUGCAUGAUCGUGUGGAUCAAGUCCCUCGCCAGCGGCUAUGUGAAGACGCCCAAGCAGGUGCUGACCUCAACCGAGGCGCAGAUUCAGAAGGAGAGGAAGGAAGGGCAGAUGGAGAUGGAGCAGCAGGACGAAGUGGCUGAGGAGCGAAUGCAGAAAGACCUCUGCCCCGAAAAAUCACCACUGCUCCGUGGAGCCGUGAGGUUGGCGUUCGAACCGUCUCUGACUCUCGGCCAGGUGGAGGUGGAGAACACAGGUGUGGUGGAGGGACAGUACAAACCGGGCGAGUGUAAAGCUAGGCAGAGCGUCGCCGUUCUCGUCCCUCACCGAAACCGAGAGAGACACCUGCUGUACCUGCUGCACCACCUCCACCCGUUCCUGCAGCGGCAGCAGCUCCACUACGCCAUCUACAUCAUCCACCAGGCCGGUGAUGGUAUGUUCAACAGGGCGAAGUUGUUGAACAUCGGUUAUCUGGAGGCUCUGAAAGACUUCAGCUGGGAUUGUUUCAUCUUUCACGACGUAGAUCUCGUCCCAGAAAACGACCACAACUUAUACAAGUGUGAACAACAACCGAAACACUUAGUGGUGGGCCGAAACUCCACCGGGUACAAACUGAGAUAUAAAGGUUAUUUUGGGGGGGUGACUGCGAUGACCACGGAGCAGUUCUCCAAAGUGAACGGUUUUCCGAACACCUACUGGGGCUGGGGAGGGGAAGACGACGACCUCCGCAUACGGGUGCAGCUGCAGAGGAUGAAGAUCGUCCGCCCACCCGCCGAUGUCGCUCGCUACACCAUGGUGUUUCACAAAAGAGACAACGGCAACGAGGUCAAUAAGGACAGGAUGCAUUUGCUGGGUCAGACGCCUCAGACCUGGAGGAAGGACGGUCUGAACUCGUGUUCGUAUAAAAUUCUGUCAGUGGAGCGUCCUGUGCUGUACGUUAACAUCACGGCCGAUUUGGGCACGCCGCCAAACAUACACUGAGAGCGACCUGCGCUGUGCGUUAACGUCACGGCCCAUAAUCGGCGCACCGCCAAACACACUCGGCGUGACCUCGUUAUUAACGCGCAGCUCUCUGACAGACUGAACAAGCUCAUUUAGAUGAAGAGGCCUUCAACAAAAGUUUUGGCACUACAAAACUAAUCAGUCACAUACCUAGUACCAAGUUGGAUGGCUUCUGAUAUCUGCUUGAGAUCAGCACCAACAGGAACUGAUCACACUUGGGGACAUUAUCAGUGUUGAUUGGGGGUGUGUCCUGUGUUCACAGAAACCCAGAAUUACAUUAAUAACACUAAUAAUAAUAAUCUGGUUCAUUGGUCGCAUUUAAACCAUUUUAUUCCUCAACUUGCACUGAUGUUUCAUUCCCUGCCCCCCCCCCC